CUCCACUACGUGUAAAUAGUAGCUUGUAACUAGUAUGCAAGUUCCGUGUAUAACCCUGGCACAUGGUAAAUGGAUUUUCCGCAUGGCCAACUGAGCUAUCAAUAUUACACAGACUUCACUAACCACACCACAGCAAGAUGUAAUAUACUGUUGUACCUGACCCGGAUGUACCUUGAAUGUGAGGAUAGUCACCUUGUCAACAGAGACUUCUUCCUCAGUUUUAUCCGUUGAAAUCAGGGAAUGAUUUGAUGAGGACUGGAGAUGGAAAGAACAGCAAUGACCGUCAAAAGAGAGGCAACACCCGUGGACGGUGGCUAUGCAUGGGUAAUCCUUAUAGCCUGUACCCUCUCGUACAUGACAUUGGUCGGCACAUGCAAAGCUUUCGGAAUCCUCUACAAUGAAUUUAUCACCAUGUAUGACGCGGGAGCGGGCAACACAGCCUGGAUCAGUAGUCUCAUGUUCUUCCUCAGUUUCCUACUGGGACCUCUGGCUAACUACCUGGUGGGCGUUUUCUCGUUCCGGGCAGUGGUCAUGUGUGGUGGACUGCUGGUAUCCAUUGGUUACUUUAUCAGUGCCUUUGUUCCUCGUAUGGAGUGGAUGUUUCUGACCAUUGGUAUUGUAUGUGGUGUUGGUAGUGGACUUGCAUUAGCACCGUGUGGAACUAUCGUUAGUUUCUAUUUCUUAAAGAAACGCGCGUUAGCCAAUGGGAUACUGGUGUCAGGUAGUGGGCUCAGCAGUUUUGUGUUCCCUUACUUAUACCGUUACGCCAUCGACAGAUUCGGUGUCAAAGGAGCGCUGAUAAUAAUUAGUGGACUUGCACUGCAUAUGUGUAUCGCUGGGGCCCUCCUUCGUCAGCCACUGGAACUUGCAACUACACACAGGUCACCUGAUAAAUACACAGAAGUAGAGACAAACGAUAUAAAACUUACCAAAAAUCAAACAAGUGAAUUAAAGAAAAGAGGGAAUACUUUUCCUGUGUAUAUGCGUUUGUUACGGAAUACACGUUUAGUUAUGUUUAUAAUUGUGUUCGCUAUAAACGUUUUGGCAUAUGCUGCAAACUUUGUCGCGUUUCCAGCGCAUAUGCAGUCUCUUGGACUUAAUCAGAGUCAGGUGACUAUAGCAUUUUCUAUGAUUGGAGCUGCCGAGGUAUUUACCAGGUCCUUGUUCGGAUGGUUUGCUGACAAGAAAUAUGUAGCAAACAGCACCAUAAUGAUAUUCUCAGGGGUAUUAAGUGGAGUGGCCGCCAUUUUGUUGCCGUUUUUAAAGACUUUUCCCUUCAUGGUGGCUUACGGCCUGGUCAUAGGGAUAUUUCCUGGUGCCUUCUGGAGUCUAAUGGCGGUCGUGCUAUUGGACUGUGUUCCUCUGAAUGAUUUCACGUCCGCCUUUGGUCUACUGUAUACAUUCAUGUCCUUUGCGGUAGCAUUAAGUCAGCCAGGAAUGGGAUGGAUCGAGGACGCGACAGGGAGCUGGAAUUUGUCUUUCCGAGUUAUGGGGUUUCUCCAUCUCCUGACAGCUGUGAUUUUGAUGUCUGAGCCACUGAUUGUUAAAUUUUGUUCCUGUAACCAGAAUGAUGAUGAACAAAAACAGAGUUUAUCUGAUAUAGUUGAGGAGGAAAAUAAGCUUUUACAUAAGAAAAAUAGUGACGAUACUCUUUCAAGUUCUUGCUCGGUUUAUCAUGAUACUUGUGAAUCUCGUGCCAAAUCUCCUUCAAUAAGUGAUAAUGAUAUUAGUUUGGCGUCUGCCACAAAUGCCUCCGGGGAAUCAGGCGAACAGUUAAAGGUCCUGGCUCCGAUUGCCUCACUUGAAGAUGUUGUGAUAUAACAAUUGACAUGAGGAGGAAAUAUUUAUUUUUAUAAUUUGUAUUGAAGUCAAGUCAUGAUAAAGCAUUGCACCAGAGUAAUA